CCUUGCUUAAAAACAUCGCGAGAUUUUCUUCUUUCAAUCUCCGCCCCUUUACGGCACGAUGGUCGCACAAGAAUGUAAUACAGGCUUCACGGCCGCCAUUUUCUCUCUUUCUUAGCAGUUGGCUGGGAGUAGGUCUCUGCGAAGAGUGGUAGCGGCUACGGUAGGGUAGACAUGGCAGACUAUUCAACAGUCCCUCCACCCUCCUCUGGCUCAGCUGGUGGUGGAGGCGGCGGCGGUGGUGGUGGAGGAGUUAACGAUGCUUUCAAAGAUGCGCUGCAGAGAGCCCGGCAGAUUGCAGCGAAAAUUGGAGGUGAUGCUGGUACAUCACUGAAUUCAAAUGACUAUGGUUAUGGGGGACAAAAAAGACCUUUGGAAGAUGGAGAUCAACCAGAUGCUAAGAAAGUUGCUCCUCAAAAUGACUCUUUUGGGACGCAGUUACCACCGAUGCAUCAGCAGCAAAGGUCUGUAAUGACUGAAGAAUACAAAGUUCCAGAUGGAAUGGUUGGAUUUAUAAUUGGCAGAGGAGGUGAACAGAUCUCACGCAUACAGCAGGAAUCUGGAUGCAAAAUACAGAUUGCUCCUGACAGUGGUGGCCUUCCAGAAAGGUCUUGUAUGUUAACUGGAACACCUGAGUCUGUCCAAUCAGCAAAACGGUUACUGGACCAGAUUGUUGAAAAAGGAAGACCGGCCCCUGGCUUCCAUCAUGGUGAUGGACCAGGAAACGCAGUUCAAGAAAUAAUGAUUCCAGCUAGCAAGGCAGGAUUAGUUAUUGGAAAGGGGGGAGAGACUAUUAAACAACUUCAGGAGCGGGCUGGAGUUAAAAUGGUUAUGAUUCAAGAUGGACCUCAGAACACUGGUGCUGACAAACCUCUUAGAAUUACAGGAGAUCCAUACAAAGUUCAACAAGCCAAGGAAAUGGUGUUAGAGUUGAUUCGUGAUCAAGGUGGUUUCAGAGAAGUUCGAAAUGAGUAUGGGUCAAGAAUAGGAGGAAAUGAAGGGAUAGAUGUCCCCAUUCCAAGAUUUGCUGUUGGCAUUGUAAUAGGAAGAAAUGGAGAGAUGAUCAAAAAAAUACAAAAUGAUGCUGGUGUUCGAAUUCAGUUUAAGCCAGAUGAUGGAACAACACCUGACAGAAUAGCACAAAUAACAGGACCUCCAGACCGAUGUCAACAUGCUGCAGAAAUUAUUACAGACCUUCUUCGAAGUGUUCAGGCUGGUAAUCCAGGUGGACCUGGACCUGGUGGUCGAGGAAGAGGUAGAGGUCAAGGCAACUGGAACAUGGGACCACCUGGUGGACUACAGGAAUUUAAUUUCAUUGUACCAACUGGGAAAACUGGAUUAAUAAUAGGAAAAGGAGGUGAAACCAUAAAAAGCAUAAGCCAACAGUCUGGUGCAAGAAUAGAACUUCAGAGAAAUCCUCCACCUAAUGCAGAUCCUAAUAUGAAGUUAUUUACAAUUCGUGGCACUCCACAGCAAAUAGACUAUGCUCGACAACUCAUUGAAGAAAAGAUUGGUGGCCCAGUAAAUCCUUUAGGGCCACCUGUACCCCAUGGGCCCCAUGGUGUCCCAGGCCCCCAUGGGCCUCCUGGGCCCCCUGGGCCUGGAACUCCAAUGGGACCAUACAACCCUGCACCUUACAAUCCAGGACCUCCUGGCCCUGCUCCUCAUGGUCCUCCAGCCCCUUAUGCUCCCCAGGGAUGGGGAAAUGCAUAUCCACACUGGCAGCAACAGGCCCCUCCCGAUCCAGCUAAGGCAGGAACCGAUCCAAAUUCAGCAGCGUGGGCUGCAUAUUAUGCUCACUAUUAUCAACAGCAAGCACAGCCACCACCUGCAGCUCCCGCUGGUGCACCAACUACAACCCAAACCAAUGGACAAGGUGAUCAACAAAAUCCAGCUCCUGCUGGACAGGUUGAUUAUACCAAGGCUUGGGAAGAAUACUACAAGAAAAUGGGUCAAGCCGUUCCUGCUCCUACUGGUGCUCCACCAGGUGGUCAGCCAGAUUACAGUGCAGCCUGGGCUGAGUACUACAGACAACAAGCAGCCUACUAUGCCCAGACAAGUCCCCAGGGAAUGCCACAGCAUCCUCCAGCACCUCAGGGCCAAUAAUAAGAAGUGGACAAUACAGUAUUUGCUUCAUUGUGUGGGGGAAAAAUACCUUUGUUAAAUAUAUGGAUGCAGACGA